UUCUUUGGUUCGUUGUCCAAAAAUUGCACGGGUUGACAGAAAGUUUCUUUGAGUUUUUUUUAUUUCAUUAUUGCUUAUAACAUAUCGUAACCUAAAUAUCUUGACCGGAAGUCAAUGUUUCUUCAAUGAUAUUGAAGUAAUCACAAUAAUUUCGUGAUCAUAAAUAUACGUCAUACUGUAAACUGUUAUAUUCGUAAAAUAAUACGAAUUAUUUACUGUUGAUUGAUGUUAUUUGAAAUAUAUAUCAUUUUUUUAUAAUUAGGAUUUACGAUAUAACAGCAGGUUUCUUAAAAUGUCAAAAAGAAAAGGAAUUUCUUUGGAUGAAAAACGUGCAAGAAUGCUUCAAAUAUUUUAUGAGAAAAAAGAAUUUUAUACUUUAAAAGAAUUAGAAAAAAUUGCUCCAAAAGAGAAAGGGAUUAUAGUACAAUCUGUGAAAGAUGUACUUCAAACAUUAGUUGAUGAUGGAUUAGUUAGAUCAGAAAAAAUUGGUACUUCAGUAUACUUCUGGACCUUUCCAGGAGAAAAUAUUACUGCGAUAGAACAAAGAAUAUCUGAGGCUUCCAAAAAAAUAGUAGAAGCAGAAUUUAAGCUGCAAAAAUUAAAAGAAGCUAGUGCCAAAGAACAGAUAGGAAAAGAGGACACAGAGGAGAGGCAAAUUUUAUUGCACGAACUAGAAGAAUUAAAGGCCAAGGAAGUUCAAUUAAAGAAGCAAAUUGCCAAAUUCAGUGAUGCUGAUCCAGAAGCUAUAGCUAAACUUGUAGAAAAAGUGCAGGAAUAUAAGGAUGCGGCUAAUGUAUGGACGGAUAAUAUUUUUGCUAUACAAAGUUGGUGUAAAAGAAAGUUUGAUAUAUCUGAAGAACUUCUUAAUAAACAAUUCAACAUUCCGAACGAUUUAGAUUACAAAGAAUAGAGAAUGGUUGUAACUUAUUUUAAUUGACAUUAAAUAUACAAACCAUUCGACUAAAA